GUCUCACCGACGUGAAUGAGCAUGUUUGUCUUCCCAUGUUUGCCAUUUGUACUUCUACUCCACUACAAUUCAGAGUCAAGUCUAGACAUGCCCGAUUCCUUAUCAAGUGAACCUGGUUCGAAGGUUUCGGACCCACAACAUUCCCAGAAACUCCUCAGAGUCCUCCGCCUGUUCUGGCAGGAGCAAAGUUUCCAUGAUGCGCUGCUGGUGGUGGAUGGCGAGGAGCUUCCUGUCCAGAAGAACAUCCUGGCUGCUGCCAGCCCUUAUAUCAGGACCAAGCUGAACUACAAUCCUCCAAAGGAAGAUGGGUCUACCUACAGAAUCGAGCUGCAGGGGGUCUCCAUGCCCAUCAUGAAACAAAUCCUGGACUACAUUUUCAGCGGAGAAAUCACUCUGAAUGAAGAGACCAUCCAGGACAUGGUUCAGGCGUCUGACCUGCUCCUCCUGACCGACCUGAAGUCCCUGUGCUGCCAGUUCCUAGAGAGCUGCAUCACUGCAGAGAACUGCCUCGGAAUCCGGCUCUUUUCUUUGCACUACUGCCUUAACCAUGUCCACUACGUCGCCACGGAGUUCCUGCAGACACAUUUUGGCGAUGUGGCCCUCACUGAGGAGUUCAGGGAGCUGCCCGCGGACCGCCUCUGUGAGGCGCUGGCCAUGGAGAAACUGAAUGUGGGCAACGAAAGGAACAUCCUGGAGGCUGUGGUGCGAUGGUUCGGACAUGACUCAGAGGAUCGCAAGGUUUGUGAUGUGCUCUUGAGGUUCGAUGGGGAGAUAAGAUAA